GGCUAUGGUGCAGAAUUGGUUAUUCAGUUUAUAAUACUUUUGGAUCCCAAUUCACAAAAUUAUCAAACAAAUUUGAUUAAUUUGAAAGAUCGAAAUGGCAGCCUCUAUGAUGACUACUCUCCCUCAAUUCAAUGGUCUCAAACCGCAAUUGUCUACUGCCCCUGUUAAUUCCCUGGCAUCAGUUCUACCAAUGAGGCGCAAGGGAAAUGGAGCCAUGGGUGCUCGCAUGGACUUCAUCGGUUCGCCAACAAAUUUAAUAAUGGUGACUGCAACAAGUCUAAUGUUAUUUGCCGGAAGAUUCGGGUUGGCACCAUCAGCAAACCGGAAGGCAACAGCAGGAUUAAAGCUUGAAGUUAGGGACUCUGGUUUGCAGACCGGUGACCCAGCUGGUUUCACUCUUGCUGAUACUUUGGCUUGCGGUACCGUUGGCCACAUUAUUGGUGUUGGGGUUGUUCUUGGCCUUAAGAACAUUGGUGCUCUCUAAAAAAAACAUCAUUUUAGCUUAUUAAAUUUAAUUAUCUUCUCUUAA